GGCGGAGGCGGACGGGCGGCGCUGGGAACGAGCUGCGCGGAGCUGCCUGCAGUCCCGCGGGUCGGUGAAGGAGGUCGGUGGCCCCAGAGGGCGCCGCUCAGCAUCACUUAUACGGAAUAUAGCAAAAGUGAAGUGACUUUCUACAUCGCCAGUGAUGGCACUGCCAUUCCGGAAGGAUUUGGAAAAGUACAAGGACCUGGAUGAGGACGAGCUCCUGGGCAACCUGUCUGAGGUUGAACUGAAGCAACUGGAAACGGUUCUCGAUGAUCUUGACCCCGAGAAUGCCCUUCUGCCCGCAGGGUUCCGGCAGAAGAACCAGACGGCAAAGCCAACCACGGGGCCCUUUGACCGGGAGCACCUCCUGUCCUACCUGGAGAAGGAAGCAUUGGAGACCAAGGACAGGGAAGACUAUGUGCCUUACACUGGAGAAAAAAAAGGGAAAAUAUUUAUCCCUAAACAGAAGCCUAUACAGACUUUUACAGAAGAAAAAGUAUCCCUUGAUCCAGAAUUGGAAGAAGCCUUAACAAGCGCAUCCGAUACAGAAUUGUGCGACCUUGCAGCCAUUCUUGGGAUGCACAAUUUGAUAGCAAACACACAGUUCUGUAAUGUAGUGGGAAGUACUAAUGGUGUCGACGAAGAACAUUUUUCAGAUGUGGUAAAGGGUGAAAAGAUCCUUCCAGUCUUUGAUGAACCACCAAAUCCAACCAAUGUUGAAGAGAGUUUAAAGAGAAUAAAAGAAAAUGACGCUCGCCUUGUGGAAGUUAACUUGAAUAACAUAAAGAAUAUCCCAAUUCCUACCCUGAAAGAGUUUGCCAAGGCUUUGGAAACCAACACCCACGUGAAACAUUUCAGCCUUGCAGCCACCCGGAGCAAUGACCCUGUUGCUAUGGCUUUUGCAGAUAUGCUGAAAGUGAACACAGCUUUGAAGAGUUUAAACGUGGAGUCCAACUUUAUCACAGGAGUUGGGAUUCUUGCACUACUUGAUGCCUUGAAAGAUAAUGAAACCCUGGCAGAGCUCAAGAUUGACAACCAGAGACAGCAGUUGGGGACAGCUGUGGAGCUGGAAAUGGCCAAGAUGCUUGAGGAAAAUACAAAUAUCCUGAAAUUUGGAUAUCAGUUUACACAGCAGGGACCUCGAACCAGGGCAGCUAAUGCUAUAACCAAAAACAAUGACUUAGUUCGCAAGAGACGAGUUGAAGGAGACCACCAGUAAGCGGCCAGGAUGUCAUCCCUCCGGGCUCUCGUUGGGGAUCACAGAUGUCAAGUGUUCCUGGGUGGAAGGGAAAAGACUGGAAAUCUCUCUCCCUCUCUUUCUCUUAAAAUAAAACCAUAUGUAUCUUUG